CUUUUAGUGUUAGUUCAAAGAAAAGAGUGCCGGCUGUCGGAACUACAAGUACGAGCAUUCCGGUCUUAAAAUAAUCCAAAAUCUCAGACGAAAUUUAUUUAUCAAUAAAAGAAAAGCAGACCGGCUGCGGGUGUGGUUUUAACAAAGUUUUAUUAUUACAUUAAACUAAUAAAUAUUUUUUUUUUUGAAAGUUGUGUAACUUCAAGUCACACGUCCUACAGAAUUAUUUCAAUAAAAAUUCAUCUCCAUCGCAUCGUUUCGUAAUGACAUCUUUAAUUCAAGGAGCUGACAAAACCCGCCUUUCAAUUUACAUUGCGGCUGGAGUUGGGGUUGUUACAGCUUCUAGCUUAGCAUAUUUCUACAAACGUUAUCGAGACAAUUACAUUCCGCCAAAAGAAUGGAAGAAAGUAGGAGAGCUAACCGAUCUUAUCUGUUACCCUGUCAAGUCUUGUGGCCCAGUCCGGGUCAAUUCAAUACACUGCUCAAAAAUUGGACUUGAAAGCAACCUGAUGCGUGAUAGAAUAUUCAUGGUUGUUAGAACAGAUGGUGAAUUCAUCACAGGAAGGCAACACCCGAAAAUGGUUCUAGUCCAACCAAGUUUUCAAGGUAAUAUCAUGAAACUAUCAGCACCUGGAAUGAUUGAUGUAGAAGUCGAUGUGGAAAGACUCAAGAAACUUUCCCCGAUUACCACACGAGUAUGGGAUCAACCCGUGAAGACCGUUGAUUGCGGCGAAGAAGUUGCUCGAUGGUUUUCACGCUACAUUCUAGCUGAAGAUUUUGGUCUUCGAUUGAUGUAUUAUCCCCACGAUGAAGCUACGCGAGAUGUCAAGCCUGUCAAUAAAAUGUAUAGCUCAAUGCUAAAAGAAGACACAGGAGCCCUUCAUGAUGCAACCAGCUUUAUGCUCUUAAAUGAGAGCUCAAUAGCUGAUUUAAAUACCCGUUUGCAAAAUCCAGUGUCAGUUUUGAAUUUCCGACCAAAUUUCCUAGUCAAGGGUCCAGCGGCAUUCGAGGAGGACAACUGGAAAUGGGUGAAGAUUGGUGAAGAAGUCAUCUUCAGAUGUAACAAACCAUGUACAAGAUGCAUCUUUACGAAUGUUGACCCAGAAACAGCUAAAAGAAGCCCUGAUGGUAAUCCUUUGAGUACACUUAAAGGUUAUAGACAAUUUUCUAGACUCGGUAAAACCCCGGUCAUGGGUGUUCAUUUAGGAUUACGCCAAUCCGGAAUCAUGUCCCUUGGUGAUUUUGUCUACAUUGGUGUUUGAAAAUAAGACAUCAUUUAACACAAUUUGCUUGAGCAGAAUUGGGGAACAAAAUACAACAUUUAAAAAUUAAAAAUUCAAACAUAAAUCAGGGCUUAUGCAUCAAAAGUUUUAAUAAACAUAUUAUGUAGCAUUUUUAUACCUAUACGAAAGUCGUAAUAAACUUGUUUAAAAAGAAAAAAAA